AAAAAAAUAACAAACUUAGCAAUAUGAAAAAAUUGUCCAUCAAAGCAAUUUUGAAAUUUUCAAUUUCAUUCAUCACAAUUUAUUUAAUUUUGAUCAAUGAAUCAAUGUUAUUUGCUUCCGAACCAUCAAACAAUACUUUUCAUGAAAAUUUGAUUAAUAAUACAGAUGAUAAGACAAAAUUGAACAUAAAUGAUGAACAAUUUAUACGAUAUCGUAAAGAAUUUGAAAAAAUUCUAUCCAAAUGGCCAAACACAACAAAAUAUUGUGAAUGUGAUUCAAUCAUCGACUAUUGUGACAUAGAUUGUUGUUGUGAUCAAAAUUGUACGGAAAUUGAUCGCUAUUCAUUUGGACAAUGUCAUCAAUCGAAAUCUGAAUCCGACAUAAGAAUAACAUCAUUAUUGAUGUGUUCAGAUUUUUUUAAUAACAAUGAUCAAAAGCAAUUAUUUUAUCAAUCAUCACCGUUAUUAUGUUUGGCCAAAGAAAAUACUUACCAACAACAAUCAUAUGUUUAUCAGCCAAUUAUUACCGAAACAAAUCAACUGGAUCGAUUAGAAUCAAAACAUCGAUUUCGAUUUGGUCAACAACUAUUAGUUCAUUCAAAAUCCUUUUUCGAUAAUGAUGAUAAUGAUGAUUUUGAACAACGAAUAAUAAAAAAUAUAACAAAAAUUCAAUCAUUAGUUCAAUAUAAAUCCGGAUCUCCGUUAAUUCGUUUCCGUUUUCGAAAACAAAAUAAUCAACAACAAAAACAAAAUUCAACCAUUUUAGAAUAUUACCAUUGGAAAUUGCCAAUUUCAAUCAAUGGUUUAAACAACAUUAAUGGACAAAUAGAUAUUUGUAGUGACCGAUUUGAAACAGUCAAAUAUUUAUAUGAUUACCAAUCGAUUUGUUUUCGUAUUGUUGAAAAAAAUUUAUCCGAAACUUGUAUUAGCAAUCAAUUUUUCGAUUAUCGAACCUAUUUACAGCCAGAUGUUUUCGCAUAUCAAACAUUUACUGUAUCGGAAAAAUUGAACACUACUAGUUUAAAUGGUAGCUAUAAGUUCGUUCGAAUGGAAACGGAUGGAAAAAAAUAUGAACAACCAUAUUUUGAUCCUGAAACAAAAAUUUGCCAUAAUGUUGUUGAAAAAGUUGAUUAUUUAGUUUGGCAUGAAGGUAUACAUGGUAUAAGGCGAAUACAAGUCUGGAUCGGCCAAAUCGAUUUGUCUUCAAUAGGCUUUUUGACGGCUGUUAAUUUGCCAUCUAGAAAUUAUAUUCAACAAAAAUUCAAUGUAACAUUCCGUUGGUUUGGAAGAAAAUUGCCAUCAAUAACAGAAAAAUCAUUAACUAAUGAUGAACAAAGCGGGUCCACAACAAAAGGUUAUAAAUUUGGUCAGGAAAUUAAAUUCAUAAGAAUCGAUCAAAACCAUACUCAUCGUCAAAUUGAAAAACGAAAUUUUCUUCUCGGUACUUAUGCAAAAGGUUUAUGUAAUCAUGAAGAAAAAAUUGCCGAUUCUAUUCUAAAAUUUGGCUGGAAUCGUUAUGACACAUGUCGUUUAUCAUUGAAUAAAAUUAUUAAAACAAUGGCCGUGAAUAAUACCGAUACAGUGACCGAUCAACGACAACGGCCACAAACAACAACAACAAAAUCAAUGCUAUGUACGGUCAUCAAAUCUAUAGUUAGUAAAUAUUUACCAUUUGUCGACUAUAAUAAUGAUGAUAAUGUUGAUGAUCAAAAAAAUAAUACUAGUUAUUUAUUUAUCGGAUCAUAUCCACCGAUUCGAUUGGAUUUAAUCCAUAAUAAUACUGCUAUAAUCUGGAUUCGGCCAUUGUUACGAGAUAAAAAUUCUACUACUUUAUUAAUGAAUAAUAAUAAAAAUAAAAAAAGUCGGAUUUAUCAACAAUAUUAUAAAAAUCAAUUACAAUGUACUGAAGAAAUUAUUACUGAAUUAACGUACAAUUUUUUUAUUAAUCGUAUCGAUCAAAUAUAUUAUCAAAUGAAUGGUAUGGAAAUUGUACGGAAAAAAUCUCGUUUAAAUUAUAAAUGUACAUCGAACAAUAAUACUAUGGUAAAUGAUGAUGAUAAUGAUGAUUGUAAUCUAUGGAUCGAUUUACGUACUUAUGUAAACUUUAUCGAUUUAAGCGUACCAUUUGUACCGAAAUAUGCACCAGCACCAUCAUUUCGUAUUGAAUUACCGGCAGAUUUUUUCUAUCCAUUUACACCGGCCAUUUCUUCACGAUCAUAUCAAUCAUUUCAAUUUCAAUUUUAUCAUUUAUCUUACAUUAUUAUUAUA